AUGGCAUUCAUUGUGAAGCACAUGAUAGGAGGACAACUGAAGGAUCUGGCCGGGGGUCUCAAAGAGGACAAAUCUGAAACGGACAAGUCUGAAGCUUCAGCUAAUGGAAUGACUCAGGAAGAGUUUGAGCAGUAUCAGCAGCAGCUGGCCGAGGAAAAGAUAGAACGAGAAGCCAACUUUGCCCAGAGAAAAGCAGAGAGAGCUACAGUCAGGAGCCAUUUGAGGGACAAGUACAGACUGCCAAAGAGCGAGCUGGAUGAAACUCAGAUCCAGGGUGCGGGCAGGGAUGUGGAGUUGCCCUCAGAUCUGGCCAAGAUGAUCGCAGAGGACAAUCAGGAGGAGGCAAAUAAACAUUCUGUCCUGGGUCAGCUGAGCAGCAUACAGGACAUCGGCAUGGACCAGAUGAAGGACAAAGCUCAGGCCACAUUUGACGGCCUCAAACAGUCAGCAGAAAAAUGUGAAGUCAUGUGA